CGACUUCUUCUUCAAAACUUUUCAAACCUCUCUAUAAACUUCUCUCUUGUCGGAAUAAAAACACAUAACUAACUUUUUGGGGAUUCAAGAAUCACAAUGAAUCCCAUAAAGCAUAUCUCUUUACCACUUCUUGUCUUGUUCUCCCUACUACUAUCUCUAGCAUCGGGUCAAUCUAACCAACCCGACCCGAGAAAUGACCAGUAUGCUUACAGCGGCAAGCUUAGUCCAGCCAUGGCUGUAGUCGUGGUCGUCGUAAUCGCAGCUCUCUUCUUCAUGGGCUUCUUCACCGUUUACUUACGUCACUGUACUGGAGUAGUCGACGGCAGCGUUACUCCCACGGGAGGAGCAGCGAGGAGGAGAGUGACCAACGCGACGGUAGCGCGUGGGUUAGACGCGGAGACGAUCGAGACGUUUCCGACUUUUGUCUACUCGGAAGUGAAGACUCAGAAGAUCGGCAAAGGAGCGUUGGAGUGUGCGAUUUGUCUGAAUGAGUUCGAAGACGACGAAACGCUGCGUUUGUUGCCUAAAUGUGAUCACGUGUUUCAUCCUCAGUGUAUCGGCGCGUGGCUACAAGGUCACGUGACUUGUCCUGUUUGUCGGACUAAUCUUGCUGAAGAGACGACGCAGACAGCUGAACCGGUCGAACCGGAUGUGGUGGUUGAAAUGGAUCUUGAGGCGGCGAUACCUGAACCGGCGGUGGAACUCCCACGUCUUAAAUUCCCGAGGUCGCAUACGACGGGGCAUUCCGUGGUGUUACCGGGAGAGAGUACCGACCGGUUUACGCUUAGAUUACCGGAAGAUUUAAGGAAGAAGAUAAUGGCGAAUUGGAAAUUGAACCGGUCCAAUAGUUUACUUGUUUUACCGAGGGGAGGAAGCUCCAGGAGUGGUAAACCGGUUGAUAGGUCGAGGGCUAAAUCGGACCGGUGGUUGUUCCGUAAAACGCCGUCGUUUCUGUGGCGGAACCGGGAUGAUGGUUCGAUUAGACUUGAUGGUACCGGCAGCAUUAAAACAAAUGAAGUGACAAGUCCGACCAGUGAUUCCGUUCCAGCAGACCGGUGGGCUUUUCUAAGAAACCCAUCGUUUCUGUGGAGGAAUACGACGCCGGUUCCUUCGCCGAGGGUUGGAGUCAAUAAGGACGGUGAAGGAACGUCGUCGGUUCAACAUAUUGGUACGGCUAGCGGUUCUGUUAGAUUACCGGUUUAAUUGGUUUACUGGUGUUUUUGUGCAUCGUUCAUAAACACGCAAAAUAGAUUUUACGCAAUUCUUUGAUUUUGUUUUUGAAUCUUUUUUUGUAAGAUACUUUAAAUUGACAAUCCCAGAAAAAAAAAAAAAAUGGAGAUUGUUUUAUUUCAGUUUAUAAUUUUCCAUUUUAUACUUUUCUUCAAAGACAACAAAAUAAUUUCUAAUAGUCAAACAAAGAACGAAGUGUGGAGAUUGGUCUUCUAUUCUUCUUCUUCUUAAAAAAAAAAUUAAAAAAAAAAAAAAAGAAGUCUUAUUCGAUCGACCAAGAAUAGACUACAAUAUUUUUUUUCCAAUUGUUUUCUUUGUUUUGGGGGUAAUGUUGAGUUUGAUUUAGUCUUUGGUCAAUUGCAGAGUAUGAAUAAGCUCCGUCUGUUUCGGAGUCAAUUAGUUGUCCUAGUUUGUAGCUCUGUUUUUUGUUAGUUCCUGCAAUUUCUCUUUCACGUUUUGUAAGAGGACUGAGUCUUCAUCUUUAGGCUAUUUAAAGCCAAGCAACUAUGAUAAUAAAGUAUCGAAGCAUUUCAGCU